GGCUGCAUUAUAAUUAUUAUUUUUUAAAUAUAAUAGCGAAUGCUGUUCAUAAUUUGAUCUUUACGCAUUUAAUUUAUGUAAAGGAGGUUAAAUUUGGAAGCCAAAUGAAAUGCUUUGCGCACUAAACUUUAUUAGUAAGUGAACUCCAAGAAGCCAACUGAGGAGGGAAAGUAAAACCUCUUCUCUGCUUCGCUCACCUGCAAGUGCAAAGUGUAAAAAAAUGAGCAGCCCCUCUAGGAGUUUAGACGGACAGAAAGGUGACGGCUCAGGCACCAAACCGGAGACGCCCAGGUACCGCAGCUGGAGCAGUCUCCGCUUCUCCAAAUGGAGAAGUGCGUCCCAGAGGGCAACCCCGCCUGCCACCCCUUCCCCGAAGACAGACAAGAGAAGCGACGUGAACAAGACGCUCUUCUCCCUGGUCAAGACUCACAAUGACGACUACACAGCGGAUCCGGAUGGCCUCCUGGAGCCCAACGUUGAGGGCGAAGGAGACAGUGCUAGCCAGUCUCAGGACCAGACCACCUACUUCCAGAAGCAGUUUGGCUCCAUGCUGCAGCCCGGGGUCAACAAGUUCUCCCUGCGCAUGUUCGGCAGUCACAAAGGUGUUGCUGCUGAGCAGGAGAGGGUUAAAAGCUUUGGAGUGUGGAUCAUACACCCCUACAGUGACUUCAGGUUUUACUGGGACAUCGUAAUGCUCCUGUUGAUGAUGAGCAAUCUUGUCAUUUUGCCCUGGGGUAUCACCUUCUUCGAAGACCAGAACACCAUGCCCUGGAUCACCUUCAACGUCUUGUCAGACACACUCUUCCUCAUGGAUCUGGUUUUCAACUUCCGUACGGGCAUUUUGGAAGAGGACAGCCACAUCAUCCUGGACCCCAAAGAGAUCCGCAUUCAUUACCUCCGCACUUGGUUCCUGGUGGAUUUCAUCUCCUCCAUCCCUGUCGACUACAUCUUUCUCAUCGUCGACCUCGAAUCCCGACACGAGUCAUCAGACGUGUACCGUACCGCUCGUGCACUUCGCAUUGUGCGUUUCACAAAGAUCCUCAGUCUGCUGCGUCUUCUCCGUCUGUCUCGCCUCAUCCGAUACAUCCACCAAUGGGAGGAGAUUUUCCACAUGACUUAUGACCUGGCCAGUGCUGUGGUGCGUAUAGUCAACUUGAUUGGAAUGAUGUUGCUGUUGUGUCACUGGGAUGGCUGCCUGACCUUUAUGGUACCUAUGCUGCAAGACUUUCCUUCAGACUGCUGGGUAUCCAAAAACAAUAUGGUGAACUCUACAUGGCACAUCCAGUACUCCUACGCUCUGUUUAUGGCCAUGAGUCACAUGCUGUGCAUAGGAUACGGUGCUCACCCUCCAGAGGGCAUGACCGAUGUUUGGCUCACCAUGGUCAGCAUGGUAGUCGGGGCCACAUGCUACGCCAUGUUCCUCGGCCAUGCCACUAACCUGGUCCAGUCCUUGGACGCCUCGCAUCGGCAGUAUCAAGAGAAGUAUAAACAAGUGGAGCAGUACAUGUCAUUUCAUAAACUGCCAGCAGACUUAAGACAGAGGAUCCACGAUUACUAUGAGCAGCGAUUCCAAGGCAAGAUGUUUGAUGAGGACAACAUCCUUGGAGAGCUCAGUGACCCACUCAAGGAGGAGAUUGUCAGCUAUAACUGUCGUGGACUCGUAGCCAAUAUGCCACUGUUUGCCAACACUGACCCUCAUUUUGUGACGGUGAUCCUGACCAAGCUGCGUUUCGAAGUCUUCCAGCCAGGAGAUUUUAUUAUACGAGAGGGAACGCUGGGUCGGAAAAUGUACUUUAUCCAGCACGGCUCCGUCACCAUCAUCCCACGUGGUAGUAAGGAGAUUAAGCUCAGCGAUGGAGCAUAUUUUGGGGAGAUUUGCUUGCUGACACAGGGACGACGCACAGCCAGCGUGAGGGCUGAGACCUACUGCCGUCUUUACUCGUUGAGCGCGGACAGUUUCAACGAGGUCCUGGAGGAGCAUCCUCUGAUGAGGAGGGCGUUUGAGAAUGUGGCCGUGAACCGACUGGACCGCGUUGCUCGCAGACCGAGUUAUCAGCCAGUCCCAGAUGAAUGACUCCCUCAGCACCAUGAGAAAAACAUUCCAGCCAGACUCAUCGAGCACAUUUGUCACAUUUAAACUGCACAUGACAAAGAUAUCUUCUAUUGAAGCACGCUGAUGGACAAUCAGAUAGCGAGACCUACUUAAACUUAUUAGUACAGCAUUACUGCGAUGAUGUGAAAAUAGUCUACCUUCAGUGGUUUUAUUUUAUUAUUUGAACUUGAAUCAGCUGUAAUAUGUGCUCAUGUUUGUGUUAGAGCUUUGUAUACUCUUUGUGUAAAAUCACCUGUAUAAUUUUGAAACUGUAUGGACAUCAGUGAUGAUCUUUUUUUUCUCCUGUUCUGAUGAUACUACAUUUUGAUUUACAUGAGCUUUUUAUUUAUGUAUUGAUGUAUUGAUGUAUUGAUUUAUUUUUUACCAAGAGUCUGUCUAGAUUGGUCUCUUUCCAGCCGUAAAUACCUCUUUUAAAGCACAUUUUAGUGGCCUGUAGUGACACUUUGAUUAUGUAUCAGAUCAUCCGUCCAGGAUAUUGACAGCCUGCAGGAGCAGCAGCUGGUGUUACAUCAUUCAGCUUUCUGUGGCUCUAUUUUACAUGAUCCUUCUCAUCUGUAGGUUGCCUGAUGUCAAGAUUUAAUGCUGAUGUUCACAGAAGAUCAGUUGCAGUUAUGUAAUAUCUCCAGCUGUACACAGACAGGUUUCACAGAGCUCAUAUAAAGAAUAAUUUAUACCCAGUAUUAUUUGUUUCCAUACUGUUUUUGUUUCAUUUUUUCUGGCAUAUUGUUUAUUUAUAAUGUAAAACUAAUGAAUGAGAAUAAAGUCUCUAUAGGUUAACUAGUAUGUAACCGUCAGACGAUGCUGUUGUAUAAUAUAAGUUCUAUUUUUUGUAAAUAUAUCAGCUGAACUUUCUCAGUUUUUUUUUUUACUUCACUUUUUUAGUGGGGUUACAUACAGGGUAUACAUGCAGCAUUUUUCACAGCAGAAGCCACAGCUGUAUCUAAACAUUAACAAUGUAGUUAUUAGAAGUUUAUUUCUGUUCUGUUUUUGCUUCAAAGAAAGAUUUUACAAAUUUAAAUUGACUGAACGCUGAUUUACAUUUAGAUUAAUACUGUGUACUUUUCUCAGGUGCAUUUGAAACAGCGUGAUUUUGAAAAUUUUCAUCUGAUGCACACAAAACAGUCAUUUUUUGAAUUUACAAGUUUAACUGAAAUGUCUUUAUUUUUUCUUAUUUUUCUGAUUAUUACCUUUAUAUUGAUGAUGUCAUGUGUAUACCAAUGUCUGUAACCUUGAAGCAUAAAUAUCAAAUAUGUAUUUUUUCCUAUGCAGUGUGUUAUUUGUGAUUAUGUAUAAAGAACGUGCAGACACGUUGAUCAAAGAAA